AGAAGAGCUUCACUCCUUCCAAAUAUAAGACCUACUCAAGGUUACUGUGUGACUGAUAUGAAGCCAUGCAGGCUAAAGAAUUCAUUCAACUUCUUGUCAAAGACUAAUUGGUUUCUGAGGGAUUUUGCAGCAAUGGCAGUCGCCAACUUCUCUCGUAUCACUGAAUUCUACCUGUUGUGCUUUCCAGGACUUCAUCCACAGUAUUAUGGGGCUGUGGGAACGUUUUUACUCUUUGUCUAUGUAACGCUGGCAAGCGGAAACAUUUUAAUCAUUUCAUUUAUUGUUUAUGAGAGAAGGCUUCAUAAACCCACCUACAUGAUCUUCUGUAAUCUUGCAGUGUGUGAUCUUUUAAUGGGAACCGUCAUUCUGCCCAGAGCAGCUGCAAAAUAUCUUGCUAAUGAAGAUUAUGUACCAUUUCAUUUAUGUUUUGUACAAAUGUUUUUUUCUCAUUACUUUGGAACAGUUAGUUCUGUUAUUUUACUAUUAAUGGCCCUGGAUCGGUUUGUUGCGGUAUGUUACCCUCUUCGAUAUCCUGCUAUAAUCACAAACCAGCAUACUGCAUAUGCGUGUACAGUGUGUUGGUUGUUUAUUUUAGGAUUUUUACCAUUAAUAACUUACCAAACUGAAAGACUUCCCUUUUGUACUAUUAAUGUAAUAAAUCAGUGUUUCUGUGAUUUCAAUUCAUUAGUUAAAAUUGGCUGUGGAGAUCAGACUGAGGUGAGGAGAAACGCUCUAGCCGUAUCCUUGUUUUUUCUUUUUGGCCCUCUAAUAUUUAUCAUAUCUUCAUACAUUGCCAUCAUCAGAUCUGUUUUCAAACUCUCAAGAGUUCAGGCCCAAUUUAAAACAUUUUCCACAUGCGCCCCUCAGCUUUCAAUUAUAUGCCUUUACUUUUUGCCUAGAUGUACUGUGCAUAUAUGUGACGUAACCACUGAAAUACCUACAGGUGUUCAGAUUAUGCUUGUUAUGUUUUACAGUAUCAUCCCGCCUGUUGUUAACCCAAUGAUUUUCUGUUUGAAAACUCAGGAAAUCAAGGCCGUCUUCAUGAAGAGAAUGAGAGGGAAAAAAGUCCAUUUUCAGCUAAAAGCAUCUGCAAACUAA